CAGAAAUAGUAGUACACUUGGACAUCGGAAUGCGCAUUUUAUGGCGUUUGUACUCCUUCUACUAACGUGCGCUUCCCCUGCGCAUUUGUAAUCCUUCACCCUCCCCUCGGUUUUUUCUUCGUCUACAUGGCAAUGGCCGGCGUUCUCUUGCUGCUGCCGCUCUUGGCGGCGGCGACGGCGACGGCGACGAAGGCGGAGGUUGGAGUGGAGAUACAAGCGCUGCUAUCGUUUAGAGGAGGAGUCGAGGAUCCUCGCGGCGCCAUGAACGAAUGGGAUGCGUCGACGCCCGCGGCGCCGUGCGACUGGCGCGGCAUUAUGUGCGACGGCGGGAGGGUGAGGGAGCUCCGCCUGCCGCGACUUCAGCUGACAGGCCGGAUUAGUGAGCGGCUGGGGGAGCUCCGGCAGCUGCGGAGGUUAAGCCUGCAUUCGAACAAUUUGAAUGGAUCCGUACCACGCGCGCUGGCGGAGUGCGUGCUUCUACGCGCCGUCUACUUGCAGGACAACGCGCUCGCCGGCGAGUUGUCGCCGGCGUUCUUCACGAACCUCACGAAUCUCCAGGUCCUGAACCUCGCGCACAAUUUUAUCUCCGGCGAGAUCUCCGGCGGCAUUCCCGAGAGUUUGCGAGUGUUGGACCUCUCCUCCAACGCCUUCUCCGGACGGAUCCCGGCGAACUUCUCCGCCGCUCACCAGCUCCACCUUAUCAAUCUCUCAUUCAACCGUUUCUCCAGCGAGAUUCCCCCGACGAUCGGAGCGCUGCAGCAGUUACAGUACCUCUGGCUCGACGGAAACAGCCUCUAUGGCACGAUUCCCUCGGCGAUUUCAAAUUGCUCGUCGCUAAUCCACAUCAGCGCCGGCGAGAACAACCUCUCCGGCGUGGUACCGGCGACUCUAGGCUCCCUCAAAAACCUCCAGGUAAUGUCGCUGCCGCACAACCAUCUCACCGGCGUCCUUCCUUCAUCCUUCCUCUGUAAUUUCUCAGAAUUAAAUGCUACGAUUAGGAUCCUUAACUUGAGCUUCAAUGCACUCACGGGAAUAGAGAAUAACAAUGGCGAAAUCUGCGCGAGUGCAUUGCAAAUCAUAGACCUUAACAGUAACCACAUCAAUGGCGUUUUCCCCAAUUUCCUAACCAAUUUUUCCACUCUAAAGGUCCUCGAUCUUUCUGGAAACUCCAUAUCUGGAAACUUGCCUGAUACCGUUGGGAAUCUGUUGGUUUUGGAGGAACUCAGAGUUGCUAACAACUCAUUGAGAGGUGAAAUCCCCCAAAACAUAACAAAAUGUACCUCCAUAACAGUGCUUGAUCUUGGUGAAAAUGAGUUCUCCGGUCCGGUACCGGAGUUUUUAGGCGAAAUGAAGAGCCUAACAUCUCUGAUUCUCGGCGAAAAUUCCUUCACAGGUUCUGUUCCUCAGAGCUUAGGCAAUCUUCAUUCUCUGCAGGUGUUGGAUUUGAGUUCCAACAGAUUGAUUGGUUCUGUUCCUCAAGAUUUGAUGAGGCUCAGCAAUUUGAGCACUCUGAAUUUGAGCAACAACCGGUUUUCCGGCGAGGUUUUGGUAAAUGUCGGCUCAUUGAAGGCUCUGGAGGUUCUGAACAUGAGCGACUGCGGCUUUUCCGGGACGAUUCCGAGAGGGAUUGGGAAUCUGUUGAGGCUGACGUCGCUCGAUUUGAGCCGGCAGAACUUGUCGGGAGAGCUUCCCGUCGAGCUCUUUGGUUUGCCGAAUCUGCAGGCCAUCGCUUUGGAGGAUAAUUUGCUGUCCGGGAAUGUGCCUGAAGGCUUUAGCAGCCUCUCUGAUUUGCAGUAUCUGAAUCUUUCGGCGAAUGCUUUCGCCGGCCGAGUUCCGGCGACUUACGGAUUCCUUGUGUCGCUGAAGAUUCUUUCGCUGUCCGGAAAUCGGAUAAGCGGUUCGAUUCCGGGAGAGUUGGGGAACUGCUCGAAUCUUGAAGCCAUAGAACUCCAAGGAAACGGAUUAACAGGUCGAAUCCCCAAUGAUCUUUCGAGUUUGUCGCGUCUACGGAGGCUUGAUUUGGGAAGAAACGAGUUAUCGGGCGAAAUCCCAGAGAGUCUCGCGAAUUGUUCGUCGUUGGAGGUUCUUUUGCUCGAUUCGAACUUAAUGUCGGGCAGCAUUCCGGAGACGUUGUCGAAGCUGUCGAGAUUGACGGAUUUUGACGUGUCGUCGAACAACUUCACCGGCGUUAUUCCUCCGAGCCUCGCUCUGAUCCCCGACCUGCGUCGCUUGAACUUCUCCGGUAACGACUUCGCCGGCGAGAUCCCGGACGCAUUAGCAUCGCGAUUCGAUGAUCCUUCGAUCUAUUCGAAGAAUGAAAACUUAUGCGGGAUGCCGUUGCGAAAGAGCUGCGACGGGCGACGGAGAAAACGACGGUUGGUUCUUUUCGUAGCUGUCGUUGCGGCAGGGAGUCUGAUGCUCGUCUUAUGCUGCUGCGGCUACGUUUACAGCCUUCUCCGGUGGCGGCGGAGGCUGAGAGCCGCCGCCGGCGAGAAGAAACGAAGCCCAAGCCCGCAAAGUCGUGGCGACAACAACGGCGCGCCAAAGCUCGUCAUGUUCAACAACAAGAUCACCUACGCAGAAACGGUCGAAGCGACUCGACAGUUCGACGAGGAGAACGUGUUGAGCAGAGGCAAACACGGGCUGCUGUUCAAGGCGACGUACGGCGACGGGAUGGUGCUGGCGAUACGCCGGCUGCCGGAGGUGUCGAUCGACGAGAGCACCUUCCGGAAGGAAGCCGAGUCGCUCGGCAAGAUCAAGCAUCGAAACCUCACGGUUCUUCGGGGGUACUACGCAGGCCCCCCUCCCGACAUGCGGCUCCUCGUCUACGACUACAUGCCGAACGGCAACCUCGCGACGUUGCUGCAGGAGGCGUCGCAUCAGGACGGGCACGUCUUGAACUGGCCGAUGCGGCAUUUGAUCGCACUCGGAGUCGCGCGGGGGUUAGCGUAUCUGCAUUCGAUGUCGAUCGUUCACGGGGACGUCAAGCCGGGGAACAUAUUGUUCGACGCCGAUUUCGAAGCCCAUUUGUCAGAAUUCGGGAUGGAUAGGAUGACGGCGACGGCGGCGGGAGAGGCGGCGUCGACGUCGGGGACAGUGGGGUAUGUGGCGCCGGAGGCGGUGGGGGCGGGGUGGGGGGGUAAGGAGGGGGAUGUGUAUAGCUUUGGGAUCGUGAUGCUGGAGAUACUUACGGGGAAGAAACCGGUGAUGUUCGGGGCGGAGGAGGAUAUAGUGAGGUGGGUGAAGGGGCGGCUGCAGCGGGGGGAGGUGGCAGAGCUGCUGGAGCCGGGGCUGUUGGAGCUGGACCCGGAGUCGUCGGAGUGGGAGGAGUUUUUGUUGGGGGUGAAGGUGGGGCUGUUGUGCACAAUGCCGGAGCCGGCGGAGCGGCCGGCGAUGGCGGACGUGGUUUUUAUGUUGGAAGGGUGCCGGCUGGGGCCAGAGAUGCCGUCGUCGGCGGAUCCCACGGCGUUGCCGUCGCCGGGGUGACGGUGGUGGUGUUGGUGGUUAUGGGAGGGUGUGGUUUGUUUCAUUAGUGAUGAUGAAUUGGAUGGUGUUAUUUUUUUUUUUUUUUGUGUUGUGUUGUGUUUGUUUGGUUCUUGAAAAUCAAUUUUAGUACUCACUUAACUU